AUGACUGACUAUUGUGGCAGCUACCGACCAACGCGAACCAACGUAUCACGCAUAGGAGUGUUUUUCUCAUUCAUUGCUCCAUUGAGCACUGUACAGAAAAUUUGGCUUUCCCAGCUCCAACUGUUGGCCAAGGGAUUUUUUUUGGUUUGGUGAAUCUCAGACAUUAGGUAUGUGCCGGGGGCUGCGCGAAACGAAGCGAAUUUGGAUGGAUCGUACGAUUAGAUGAAUCUCAUCGGGCCCUGGGGCAGGCCUUAUCAGUCGGCGGGCAAACGUGGAGUGUCGUUAUCGAUGUACACCUUCUUUUUGGGAUGUAUCAAACCUUCACCCACUUGCGACAGCUCGACAUGGGUACGGGUAGGCUCAGUCGCCGUAAAGCUAUGGAGGACGGUACCGGUGAUCAAGCGGCAGAAUGAAAAGGAGUAUUUGCAGCCCCUCUUCCUUUGCAGGUUACCAUUGUUUUGGAAAAUCUAUCUUCCUACGAUUGCCGGACUGAUCCUGUACAAUGAGUAUCUCAUCCACAUGUACCACAGCUUUCAGUGGGCCGAGCUGCAGUGUGAAACGGACAGCUGCGUUAAGAUACUCUUCGUCGCGGAUCCACAAAUUUUGGGCAACACGUUCGACAAGAAGCUCUACUGGCCCUUAGCUAACUUCGACUCCGAUCGCCACCUUCAGCGGACGUACAAACGAGUGGUGCAACACACGACGCCGGAUGUAAUUUGCUUUCUGGGUGAUCUCAUGGAUGAAGGAAGCGUAGCGAACGAUGUACAGUACGCAGCUUACUUCACACGGUUCGUCAACAUUUUCUCCCAACCGACGGCCAAUACCGUUAUGAUCUACAUUCCCGGUGACAAUGAUAUUGGUGGCGAAGGAUUGGAAAGCGUCAAGUCGGACCGCGUGUUGCGGUUUAGGCAAUAUUUUAACGAACAGGAUGAAUCGGCAGUGGAGCCUGUGUUGCGAUUCCUCAACGUGAAUCGCAUCAGCAUGACACUACCGGUGAACAACGCACCCAGCACGCAGGACCCACUGCCGUACACCGUACUGUUGAGCCACAUGCCGUUACUCCGAUGGGCUGACUCUUUUACAUACAAGGUUAUCGAUGAUUUCCAACCGAGUGUGAUUUUUUCCGCACACGAACAUAAGUCCCUCUACGUUAAGACGCACCGCAAUCAGCUGGCACAGGGUGGCGCGUCCUUUGUACCGCUCAACACGGAACGGGGCAGUCGCCACGAGGUGCUGGAGUUCAAUCUGGACUAUCUGAGGGAUACGCGGGAACUGCUGGAGUUUAUCGUGCCGACCUGUUCGUACAGGAUGGGCGAGAUGAAGAUUGGCUACGGAUACGCCCUGUUCGAUGGCGAUAAGCUCAAGUAUACCGUUCUUUGGACGUCUCAACGGUUUUACCAGCUUGCGGUGUACUCCUUGAUGCUCAUACCGCUUAAGUUGGUGUGUGGACAGCUCUGGUGCGGCGUCCUGAAGCGGUACUGGUGCUGUUGUCGACGACGCAAUCGCAACUAUUUACCGCUCCCGUUAGCGUGAGCAGCAUCACAGGAACACAAGCACAAAAAACACCGUAGGAUUAUUGUGACCGUUGAUUCGAAAUGAGUUCAGUAUUUAUUCCUACAUUUAGCAUGCGCUCUGAUACGUGAUGCUGCCAUGGAUGAUUCAAAAUUAAUUUGAUAAUAAGAAGAAAAAAUUCAAAAAAAA